UGUGUAAAAAAAUUAAAAGCUGUGAUGUGUGGUUAUUGAAGUGAUGCGAUCACGCGAUGUAUGUAGGUGUUUAAAACAUCAUUUGCGAAUUCAAUUAAUGUUAUAAAAUUUAAAAUGUUUUCAUGCAAUUAAUCCCAAGUGAGGUGACAGCCUAACACAAUUGAUUGUUUAACUAAGUGACAUACAAAAAUAUAUACCUACAUAUAUGUAAAGUGCCGCCCACAUACGCUCGCCCCUUGGAGUGCAAACACUUCACACAGCGCAACAGCGGGGACACACGGUGGCGACAAAGCGGACGACGCGGCAUAGCGGAGCGACAGUUGGUGGUGAAAACGUGUCAUGCAUUGGCUCGAUGGCAGCAUUUCGCUGGAUGAAAAUUUAAUUAGUGGACGCGUCAGCGGCGGCAGUAACGGUGAAAAUAGCGACAGCAAUCAAAGUAAAACAUCAUUGAAAGCAAAACGAAGACGCCUCGCUCAUUACAAGCUCAGCAGCAGAUUGGAUCGAAAGUCAUCACGUGGCAUGAUCUAUGAGAAUGAGGAACUGAGGCUGCGUACCAUCAAUAUAAAUGCUGAGGUCGAAAGAGGGCAAUCGGACAUCAAACGUUUGCGUAGAGAGAAUGAGCAGUUGCGCCGCGAGAUUUGGACGCUACGCGAUGAGUGCGAUCGCUUGAAUAAGCGCUUCAAGGCGAAGCUGUUGGAUCACGAUCAUGCUUGCAACGCGCGGCAUAGCGUUUGCAGUGGCGGCGGGCGCGGUAGUGGGCACAUCUGUGACAGUAACUGCAACAGUGAUGAUUCAGAUUCCUGUGAUACCUGCAAAGGCAACGAUGACCAAUGCAGUGAUGAGUGCUGCACGGGCGGCAGCUGUCCACAGCUGGCGACAAAGCAGCCGAUUAUUGAGUUCGCGCCUGAUACGCCCACAACAACGACAGCAACGCGCUCAGACAUGGCCAAUUUUGUGGUUAAAUCUGCGGGUGCUAAUUCGGAAAGUGUGCCGAAUUUACAUCAAGCAUUCGAUCAUUUGUCCGUGGUGUCGGAGGAAACGAUGAGUAAUGCCGACCAGCAUACGCAUGUGCCGCACAAUGAGUUGCUGCACAUAUAUACGUCCGACGGUGGUGGCUCGCAGAUGACAUUGCCCAGCUUAGUUGGGCCGUUGACACCGUUGACGCCCAUCGAACAGGUGGCCAAUCAGCUGAACGACCUGCAAGCGGUUGUGCCGCCCCUAUCUUAUUUCGAGAAUGUGUUGCAAGAUCAUAUGGGCUCUAAUAUAGGUAAUACGCCCAAUACGAGCUCGCCCACGUCGAAACUAAUGCGCCACACCAAUGGCUGGGACUACAAGUUGCAAUCGCCUUUCGCGCACAGAAAGAUUUCAACAGGCGCUUCGCCGCCGGCACUGCAAAUUGCCACACCGCUUACGCAGAAUUCUACGCAACAACAACAACAACAACAACAACAACAACAGAGACUAGCACCACCCCAACUGUUAACCACAUUUGUGCCAACAAUAGUUGCGCCGCCGGCGAGUAAUGAGUCGACGGCAAACCCCUCAAGUCACACCGUGUCAGCGCCGAGCGCUCAACAAUCGAAUGCGACUGUUAUAGAGACAGUUGCAAUUACAACGACGCCAUCGAACGCGUUACCAGCGCUUAACAGUCCAAGACAUUUCUUUGCGCCACUAAAGCCACGGCUGAAAAUCAAUACAACUUUAGCUAAUAAAGCACUGACAGGUGAUGCCAAUGUGCCUGCGGAGUCCACACCAAUAUCAACGCCAACCACGUUAGCUGCGGAUGCCGAAAGCAGCAGCUGUCAUAAUUGUGAGCCGCCCGACCUUUAUGUACACAACGGCUUGGCCUCACCCUAUCAGCAUCAGGCCUUGACGGCGACGGGCGCCGACAACGCUGUGCCACCACCAAUACCACAACGCGGCAGCUCCUCCCAAACGGAGUCUGUGAACCUGGAAACCAUACUUAAUGACAUCCAAGCCAUAUCGGAGGAUAUCUUAGCUAUUCAACUGGACAAACGUAGAGAGAAUGACAACGUUAUCAACAAAUCGCUGGAGCAGGAAGACAAAAAUAAGAAACCGUACCGCUCAGAAAUGAAUUUAACACUACAAUAUGAUGGCGCGAAUCAAGUGGCAGUGGCCGCCAAUACAACAGCGACUGCCACACAAACAUCCUUCAGCAGCAAUGGCAAAGGCAAUAAUCGCUGCACGCGUUCACUAGAACGCGAGCAUACAGACAGCCCAUCGCCGCAUAUACCCGACGCUAUGGUGCCUUUCCCAGAUAAGCGCACUUAUAUUGGCUUUGAUCAGCUGAAUAAUGAGGCGUGCCUGGAGCUGCCACCUACGAGUGUUGCAAAUAUGCAGCGACCACCGUUGCCGCCUGUCGCUGGUGUGGCCAAGCAGACGCAGCCACCGACGCCGCCAGCGCGUGGAUUUCCAUCACCAUUAAAUAUACGCUGCGCAGGUGUAGCGCGCGCCACACCUGUAGCAAUACCACAACCGCCUACAGAUGAAACAGCUGGAGCGCAGCUUAUCAAGCCCAUGACGCUCGGUUUUGCGCCCAAUAAAAGUCAGCUGUAUGCCGCUGUGGCGAACGCGGCGGCUAAGCGUGCACAAUAUCGCGCGGCAAUGACGCAUUCGUUGGACGCGGAGUUGAAUGCGGCAGGUGCAACGGCGUUAAGCGAGACAAGCUCUGCUGAUGCUGCAAAUGAGGCACUCGCUACAGAGGUGGCGCGUCGGAAAGCGCGUCGCGUUUCAAUCGUGUGCGGUGAUUCAAGUACGCCAGACUCACCUGAUCCGCUGAACAAUACGCAACUAGUUCGAUCUCAAGCACAAAUAAAUCUAAGCGGUAUGCAGGAUGGUGGCACAACAAAUGUCAAUACCAACAACUCCAACAUAGCGAGCGCAACGAGCCAACCAAACAAUGGUAGCUGCACAGAUUUGCAGGCCGUGCUGCUCAAUCCGGCGUUGCGUAAUCUCAAGCAAACCAGCCACAGCACUCCCAACUCACCACAUUCCGUACGGCGCCGUAGCAACAGUAAUACGAUGAGCCCGAAUAAUGGCGUUGCUGAUCCUACACAACCGCAAUCUCUAUCGGCGAAUACGUCGCCGAAGCACGCCGCCAACGCGCACCAUCGCCAUACAAAUAGCAGCUGCAGCAAUAUAGCGGUGGCGCAUCAACGUAAAUCCAGCCAAGACUCGACACGCACCAAUGCCGGUGAGGGCGCCACUGUCGAAGCGGUUACAGGGCGCUCGCGCUGUUCUCGUCGCCACUCUGAUGGCACCGUAGCGAGUAAUGCACAGCGUGUCAGCGGCACGUCCGGCCAUCACCACCAUCAUCAUCAUCAUCACCCGCAUACAUCGUCGUUGCUGAGCAAUAAUCUGCAUCACAGUCACCACUCGCACCAGGAUAGCACUUCGUAUUCGGAGCACGGUUCGAAUAGUUCGGCAUCGUCGCGGGAGUCAUCAACUUCGUUCAGCGUGCGCUCGCAUCGGCGAAAGAUUUCCAUCAGUUCGCAUACUGGUGGUAAAAUACCAUGGUGCGGGUGCUGGGGCAACGGCUGCUUGUAGGUUAUGUUAGAAAAUUGUGUGUGCAUGCUAGGAAAUCGCAUAAUGUAUAAAUACGAAUGACGAACUGGCUGUAGUAAAUAAUUUUAGUUAAUAAAGUAUAAAUAAUUAAUUCUAUUAUAUAUUAUUGUUAGUGUAAUCGCUUUAAUUUUAUUGUAAACUAGUAAAUUAACUGUACUUUGUUACGCUUUCGGUUAGUCAAAAGGCUCUUUGAUUGUAUGCAGCUUACAAAUAUUAAA